ACUUAUAUUCGGAGAAACUAUAUGUACUUUAUAAAAUUCUUACUCUAUAAUUUAACGAUGUAGCAACAGAAUAAUAUUAAUGAAAAGUAAUGAAGAGUGAAACUAUUUUGCGAUGAUAGUUUUUAUUUUUCAAAGAAAUCAUCGCGAAAUCACGCGGUUAACAUCUGGUGUGAUUUGCGUGCGGACAAGUGCAGAAUUCAGGCGAGUAAAGCGUCAGUACCGCUAUGGUCUCUGAUGUCUCAGUGGUAGGGUGUUAGAAAACCUUUCGUGAAUAAAUUGUGAAAGCAAAAUUGUGUUAAUCCUGAUAGGGGUAGAAAUAGUGUAUCUAUAUUCUGACAUUGACACACGGGAUUGACGUGCGUGGAUAAAUUGAAUUUUUUUAAGCACGUACAUGUUUGGUUGCGGAGGUUAUUGUUAUUAUUUCAGGCAUCGAGCAUUAUGAAGACUUUCUCUAACAAAGCGAGUCCGAAUGAUGUGUAUCCAAUUAAAUGUCAACAUAUGCAGCUGGUUUCGGUGAAGAAGAAUAUUGGUGCAGAUGUAAUCCACGAACAUGUUCCCUAUCACCGCAACAUUGUUUCGAGAACCCAAAUGACAUGUUUGGCAGAUUGUUAUUGCCAAAAGGCCGAAAACACGUGGGCAUUUUAACGGCCGUGUAUACAUAAUAGAUGAUAAUGAAAUAAGCAUACGUGCAAUGUCCCUCGCGUUUUUGAUACCUGAGUUCUUUGGUUCUUAAAUUAACAUUUUCCCCCAACACACGUUGCUUCUUAACACUCAAGUAGAGUGGAAAUAGAGAUUACAUGCUUUUAAGUAUCGUUGAACAGGGUACAGAUACAUAAGACAGAAGUUAAGAAUAAUUAUGAAAUUUUUGAGAGUAAUAGAACGUUCAUGGAUUUAUGGUCGAUGAGUGCAUAAAGAUGUGUACCUUAAACAAAGCCAUACUCAAAUUCCUCAAUAGGAGAUAUUAUAAUACAUUAAUUUAUAAGUUGAUUAGAAGUGUUUAAAGAAGUCGUACAGUACAAUAACAAGUAACAUGGUUUUUUGUAUGUACAUGUGCUGAAACAAAAUUUUUGUAAAAAUGUCGGUUGCCUCAUCUUCAAAAAGUAAAAAAAUGGAUAAUGUAAAUAAUAAAGAAGAGAAGAUAUAUGAGAAAUGGGAAUGUUUUCAUAACUGGGUACAUUGUAUAUGUAUUGUUACAUUUGAUCUUGAAUUAGGCCAAGCUAUAGAGGCUAUAUAUCCAGGUCAUAUCAUGUUAUCUGAACAAGAGAGGUCUAAUGUCUGUUAUCUUGCUUUUCCUGAUUCCAAUUCUGGCUGCAUGGGAGACACUCAAUAUCAUGUCAGAAUAAGACAAAAUGGAGCUGUCGUACAGGACACUAAAGCUUUAAAAGAAUAUGAUAGAAGAUCACCUCCAUUUUUACAAUGCGACAAAGACUAUUACUGGGGUUACGUGUACUUUCGUCAAGUAAAAGACAAGUCUCUUCCAAGAGGAUAUUUCCAAAAGAGUAUUGUUAUAAUUACAAAACUGCCAUUUGUAAAUCUCUUUGGUGAACUAUGUGCUUUAAUUGCACCUGAGUUUUUUGAAGUCGGUAGUGCUGUUAUGGAAGCCAUUGUAAGAGAAAUUGAUCAAUGGCCACCUCCAGUACCUGGUCAAAUAGUACAUUUACCACUUAUAGGAGUUUUAUUUCAAACAUAUAUUCCGAAUCAAAACUAUAAAUCAACUGUACCCACUAUUGCUGCCAUAGAUCAUGCGCCAAAUUUUCACGCAACCCGAAGACUAAUUUUAACAUCUGCCUAUGAAGGUGAUAUGUUUAGAAGUUUAGCUAGUGUUGUAAGUUAUGUACAUCUACUAUGGGAGUUAGUAUUACUUAGUGAACCAAUUGUUGUUAUGGCUGGUUCACCUACUGGAUGCUCUGAAAUGGUACAAGCACUCAUUGCGAUGAUAGCACCACUGAAAUACUGUGCCGAUCAACGACCUUAUUUUACAAUUCAUGACUCUGAGUUUAAAGAGUAUACUACAGAUGCUCCAUCGCCCCCAGCCGUAAUAUUAGGUGUAACCAAUCCAUUUUUUGCCAAGACAUUACAGCAUUGGCCUCACAUUAUCCGAAUAAGUAAUGGAAGUAGUAAUGAAAAUCAAAAGUACAAAAUAAAGAAGUCAGAGAAUCUCAAAGUGUUGGAUUCGAAACCGGGAGUGUACACACAAUAUAAACCAUUCCUUCAAAAAGACAAGACUAUACUCAAAAAGUUAUUCAGGGGAAUCCAAACCAAGAGACCAGGCGAAGUGCAAACGGCUCUCCUGAAACGUCAUUUGAUAGAGUUAACGGAAAGCUUCAUGAUACCUCUUGAAAGAUAUAUUGCAACUCUUAUGCCGCUACAAAAGGACAUAUCACCCUUCAAAGCUACACCCAUACCUGAAUUGUUUAAUCCAGAUGACUUUUUCGCUACAUUGAGUAGUGCUGGACCACAGUUGACUACAGGCAUUAAAGGAGAUUGGGUAGGACUGUACAGACGAUUUUUUCGUUCACCAAAUUUUUCUGGUUGGUUUCAUACCAGGUAUACUGAAUUAUCACAAAAAUUGCAAGUCAUACAACUUGAGGCACUAUCACAAGCGGAUUUAAAGACAUGGGUACAAGGGAAGCAAGAGGUAGAACUAGUUGAUAUGGUUCUCAGGAUACGACAAAAAUUAGAAAAGACAUAUAUCGAUGAGGUACCUAUAGGUAAGUCUGUAAAAGAAAAGCUUCAGGAACGAAUAAAUGACAUUACGCAUACAUUACCAGACGAUCUGAAAGAUAUUUUGAACCAUGAAUCUUGACAUUAUGAUUAUUCUAUAAAUAUUAAAACUCGCUAAUGGUGACUCCGUGUAGAUAUAAAUUGAAAUCAUAAUGGCGGAACUGUAGACUAAAAAUAUGUCCAAACAUCGCUCUCUGUCGAUAAAUGUAAACAAACUAAUAUGAAUGAAAAAAAAAGAAUAUUGUAUA